AACACCAUUCACUGCAGCUUCUCCAGUCGUCUUGAUCCUUACAUGACAACUAACAACAAGAAAAAGUGAAGAAGAAAUAUUUACAUUGAGAAAUUGAAUUGUGCUUUCCCUCAGUAAUUUGUGAAACAAUGGAACAACAAAACAUCAGCAUCAAUGACUUAACUGAAUCAGAUUAUUCAGAAUGGGGGUUAUUUGUCUGGAAACAAGCUGAUGCAGAACGUAUAUUUGUCUGGAUCCUUUCAGUCAUUGAGAUUCCAGUCAUGAUCUUAACUCUGAUUGCUUUGUGUUUUCUCGUCAAAUCUCGGCCUGCUGCAUCGGUUUUUAUAAGUCACUUGAUACUUUCAGAUCUCAUACAGGUUGGUUGUUUGUUAGCAAAGACAAUCUCAUACGCAUUGAGACGGGUUAUUGUACAUCACUAUUCUUUGGUUGUAGGUCUGUAUUUUAUGGCAUGUGUUUCUUUUGAACGAUAUCUUCUGGUUUCUCAUCCUAUCUGGUACAAAUCUCACCAAUCACUCAAACUCUCCUGCUUUCUUUCUGUGAUCGUCUGGUUUGUGCCUCUGACCUCUGCAGUGAUAAACCCCCCUGAUUUGUAUUUUAGUCCUUUACGCCUGUGUAUAGCAUGUUUAAUUCCCUACCCCAUAGUCAUUCUCUGUUUUGUUGGAACUUGUCGAGGUCUUUCUCGCUCAAUAUCACUGACUGCUGUGAAGCGUAAAUUAAUUUUGGGCAGUUUGUUCCUGGUGCUGUUGACUUACACAUUUCUCAUUCUGCCUUUUGUUAUUAUAAAUAUUUUAGAUUUUCAUUUUUCUUUCAUGAAUACAUUAUUUUAUAAAUUUUACUACUACACACGAAUGCUCCUGUUUGUGAAUCCACUUGCUGACUGUAUGCUGUAUCUGUUCAUGAGGCCUGAUGCUGGUGAUUUAAUGAAGUGUUGUAGACAUCAGAGAUGGAAACACAGUCAGGACGAACACUCUGUAGUGAAUCCACAAAGCAGCUGCUCUACUGUAGUGUGCUGUAUUUCAGCUCAAAAACCUGAAUCUCAUUCAUUAAACACCUGCAGCUCAGUUUAACCUGCUGUUAAAUGAUCUCAAGAACACUGCACUAUAAAUAAAUGAAGUUAAUGUCAAUUUUUACAUUGCAAACCCACUUAGUUUUAAGAAAGGUUAAGUUUGUUUAUUUAUAAAACAAUUAAUAAACUGAUUUUAUUUACAAAAAAUAUGGUUGUGAGAAAGAAUUGUGUGUUUCUGAUGCACAAGUGACUUUGUUCAAUAACAUUGAAUUAAUAAUAAAGAAAAGCAUAUUACAGGCUAUUAAGGGAACUUUAUAAAGGUAUACAUAAAAU